CGUCCUGCCCCGAGGUGACGUCAGGCGGAGCGCUUCUGGUGAAGCUGCGGAGUUGAGAUUCAGAGACAGACGGGGAAAGACGCUCCGAGCCGGACGGACAGGCGGACAAAGCACCUCACUGACUGACAGCAUUCAGUAUUGUUUCUGACCGUCACAAUAAGAAGAUGCCACUGGGUGAGGAUUGCCAUGCCUGGAAAAAGAAGACCACAGAUGUGAAGGAGAAGUAUGACUUCAAAGAGAUCCUGGGAACGGGAGCUUUCUCAGAGGUGGUUUUGGCCGAGGAGAAGAGGACCCAGAAACUGGUGGCUAUCAAGUGUAUCCCCAAGAAGGCAUUAGAGGGCAAAGAAAACAGCAUUGAAAAUGAGAUAGCAGUCCUGCACAAGAUCAAACACACCAACAUUGUGUCCUUGGAAGACAUAUUUGAGAGUAAAUCACACCUCUACCUUGUCAUGCAACUAGUGUCUGGCGGGGAACUCUUCGAUCGUAUCAUUGAGAAAGGCUUCUACACAGAGAAAGAUGCCAGUAAACUCAUUCAACAGAUUCUGGAUGCUGUCAAAUACCUCCACGACAUGGGCAUCGUGCACCGCGACCUCAAGCCAGAGAACCUGCUGUACUACAGCAUGGAGGAAGACUCCAAAAUCAUGAUCAGUGACUUCGGUCUGUCUAAAAUUGAAGGUUCUGGCAGCGUGAUGUCGACAGCCUGUGGAACACCUGGAUAUGUUGCCCCUGAAGUUUUGGCUCAGAAGCCCUACAGUAAAGCAGUGGACUGCUGGUCUAUUGGUGUCAUCGCCUAUAUUCUCUUGUGUGGUUACCCUCCCUUCUAUGACGAGAAUGAUGCCAAACUGUUUGAACAGAUCCUGAAAGCAGAAUAUGAGUUUGAUUCUCCUUACUGGGAUGAUAUCUCUGAUUCAGCUAAGGACUUCAUAGUGCAUCUGAUGGAGAAAGACCCAAACAUACGCUACACCUGUGAGCAGGCUCUGCAGCACCCCUGGAUUGCUGGGGAUACUGCACUGGACAAGAACAUUCAUGAGUCUGUCAGUGCACAGAUCAAGAAGAAUUUUGCAAAGAGCAAAUGGAAGCAAGCGUUCAACGCCACAGCAGUGGUUCGUCACAUGAGGCGUCUCCAGCUGGGAACAGGUCAGGAAGGACCAAACCCCACCUUGCCAAGUCCGUGCCGAACUCAUCUGCUGAUGCCAGAAGAAGAUGCAGAGGCUUGUUGUGAGGGAGGAUGUUCCCCGAACGUCGACGGCGGAGCAGACCCUCUGUCCAACUGCACCUACCGCUGCCACCCAACCAGCAGGGUGUGAUCCUAACCUGCUCCACUUACCUAUCUAAUCAACCCCAAGUCACUCUCUAAUUUUAACCCCCUCGGUGGAACCAGAGGCACCGUCUCCCCCCUUAUCUGGUUAGGAAUACAGCGUCAUUCCAACCUCUCGCCUGCAGGGGGAGCAGGCCUGUCCAGCCGGAGAAGGAGAUACAAUGGGUUGAAAAGGUGGAGGAGGGAGACUUGAUGAUGAUGAUGCACCAGAGCAGAUCAUUUUUGGGAUGAGUUAAAACGGGGGGAAGAGGAUACUACUGAAGGAGUGGAAGACAACUUCCUCCACCAGCGUGUCUGUGGGAUUGUUUUUGCCGAAGCAGGACAGAGCUUGUUGGACACUGUUUUUAUUACUGAGUUGUUGAUUCAGCCUGUCUCUUUGUUUGUUUUAUUGUUUUGUACAUUUUUGUGUUGUCUUUUUAGCCUCCUAAUGUUAGACUUUGGAGUGUAAAUCCAGCAAUGAUAUCUGCAUGAUCAGGAGAUAAUUUCCCAAUGCAUGUUUUGUUAUCUUUAAAAUAUAACCUGCUGCAGAAACGCAGUUCAGUGAUGGAGUGUCAGAGCGAUGGAGCAAAUUAAGUCAAACCUUGUAAUAUUACAGCUCUGCAUUCAGUCUUGAAGUCAUGCUUUUAGACAAUCAGCAACAGAAUAGUUUAUGCAAUGAAAACUCCAUUUAUCUACUAUGUAGCCUUUGUUGUGGCGAUACAGUGUUUCCAUGCUGAGGUUAGGCUUCAUGAGAGAAAAAGGCUUCUCUUGUCUCUUUUUUUCCAACCCUAAACCUCUUCAACCACUCGAGCACAGGGAUUUAUCUUUGUCUAAGGUGCCUUUAGAAUAUACAGUAUGAUGGGUUUAUUGUUGAUGGGUAGCAUCUGAAAAAUGUUGUCUCUUUCUGCAGAGUUGUUGCAACACAAAAUCUUUAAUAUUUUGUAUGUGUCACAUUAUCAGCUUAAAAAUUAUUUUUUCCCCUCCAAAUUAACUGCUUUAGACUGUAAUCCCACACAAUUUGUAUGAUUUUGUUUUUCAUGAGCUCAAAUUGAAGAAUCUGCUUAAAAAUAUGCAUAAAAAGUGCAAUAUGAAAUGAAAAAUUACUAAUAAUGUUAAAAAUUGGCUGAUGAGCUUGAAAAUUGUAUUUACAGACACUGACUUUGUGCGUUUAGCCUUUACUGAGGCUAGCUAUGUAAGAUUACAUAGGUUGUGUGGAUUCAAAAAGAAAAAAAAAAUCUGCAGCCAAGUUCUUAUAAGCAUCUGUCAUCUUGUCCUUUUUAAUUGGCACAUUUACUUCAAAUGCAGCCUGCUAAGAAAGAACCUUGACUAUAGAAUGGGGAAUAUGCAUCACACUGACUCACUUCAUCUUCAUCAGUACUUUUCGUGUGUGUCCAUAAAGAGUGUGUGCGUCAUACUUUUUUCAUUCAUUUAGCUCCCUUUAAAAAACCUGCAUAGACAAGCACACAGCAACUGACUUUUAAAAACAAUCUUAAAUGUAAAUGUUGGGGAGUUGUGUUCAUUUAUAUGAUUUAGAUGCUCUGCGUCAGAUGUAGAGGAGCUUAAUGCAAAUUUCUUUGAUUAAUCCAUACUUUAUUCUCCAGGGAAUGUUGCAACCACUUUCAAAGGCAGUGAAAAUGAAAAUUUUCCACUGAGGUGACCUUCAUUUGCCCUCUGAUCACUUUGUUCUAGCCUGGAAAUAAUUCCAUUUCGUAUUGACACUGUUCUCGCUGAAGAGUAUAGACAUUACUUUAUGCUUGCAUGAUGUGGCGUGAAAAUUGUGAAUCUUUUUAAAAAUGUGAUCAUGUUAAAGGUGCAAUGAAAUGAGUGCCAGUUAAAGGAAAGACUUUGUCUUAUUUUUUACUCUUAACUAAAAAUUCCGUCAUGCAAAGAAGCAAAGAGCAACAAAAUAAUGUAAUAACAUUUCAGCCGGUUAAAACAAGUUCAGUGUGUUGCUUUGAAAAGUAUUUUUGAGCUUUAUUCUGCAGCUUUGUUGCAUAGGCGUCGUGGUGUAUUUGGACUAUGAUGAUAACGCCAAACUGUAAUUUUAAAAGAGGAAUCAUUUUUUUUCAGAUAAUUUCCUUUGUGAAUUGUUUGUAUGUCAUCAAUUACUGUGACAGAGAAACACCCAGAGAAGCAGAGGACACAUGACACAUGGAGGCACUUGUCAUCUCCAGUCUCAUUAAUGUUGACAGAUUCAAUAUUACUGUUGAUCUCCUGCUAAUGAAAACAACUCUGCUAAUUUGAUCUGCUGCCACAACUGCUAAUCACUGGUUGUGUCUCCUGCACUCUAAUUUAGCUCCUGUUCUUUGCCUUCUAAUCCAUUUUAUAUUAAGUUGGUUUACAUGAAGCUCUUUCUUCUUUCGAUUCAUUUAAAAAAAAUAAAAUCUGUAUGAAAAAUGGCAACACCUAUUGAUGUACAGUAAGAGAAUGGUCAGCUGUAAGGAAAUAACAAAAGCAGCCCACCUUGAAUCUUUUUGCUUUGUUCAAUACUAACAACUUAUUGUGCACGAGCAGAAAAACUUCAUUUUUUAAAUUUCAUUGUAAUGAAACAUGCGGUGCUGACAUGCAUACCCAUGUGCCAUUAGCUGACCACUCUCUUAUUUGCUUUGGAAAUAAGAAUAAUGUUAUGUAAAUUAUUCAGGAGGAAAAUGUCACACUGACCUCACCUAGACGCUUUCAUAAUUUGCCACAGCGUCAGCAUUUAAUAUGAAUAUUUAUAAAGCACCUUUGUUUCGUUCAUAGAUUUUACACAGCCUCAGUCUAAAAGAAAGAAAGAGAUAAUUUGCGUUGAUGUUUCUCCCGAUCGCUCAUGAACCGCUUGUAGAGAAUGAUGGUGUGUGGUAAAGUUUGUUGUACAAAUGAGCAUUUGUACCAUACAUUUGUUGCCUUUUAAUAAAUACUGUUUUGGGCUACAGUACUGACUGUAUGCACAGAUGCAAUGCAUCGUGGGUUGUGGAAAAGUGACUAUUGCUUAGUGUGGAAGCCAGUGAUUUGUGCUUGGAACACAUUUGUAAGUGAAACAUACAUUAAAAUCCCUGUCUAUGCAUUA